AUGCGAUCUUCUAUUUCCUUCGCUAUCCUUGCCCUUCUUGCUUCUGCAGGAACAACCAUUGCUGCUCCUCUCCCUCAUCACUCCAGCAAUCAAUCGUCCUCCAAAGGUGACACCGCUACCAAAGGCGAUCAUCACGCCCUCCAGGAAGUCACCGACUCCCACCCAGUCAUUGAUGCAUCUGUCAAAAUGGAUGCCGGAAACAAGCAACAUAAUGGAGAGAAACACCAUCAUGCUCGCGCGGACAAUCUCGCUGUUACCAAAUCACUUACAGGUGUCCUUGCAGUGCCUACUGCUGAUGGACUAGGUAAUGGUGGAAAGAAGGGAAAGAAGAUGGACCACUCCAAAGGUCCAUCUACUCUCAAGGCUAAUGACAUCCUCAGUCCCACUUCGAACGUUGUUCACAGUGCCAUCAAACCGCUUAACAGUGAUACCACUAAAGUGGGCCAACAACUCAAUCACCCAAACUCAGGCGAAGUAGGUCAGCUCGGUAAAACCGGUAACGAUGCUUUAGAACCGCAAGAAACCGAAGUUAGCAAGAAUGUGCUGCCGCGAGAUAUCGUUUCCACCGUUGUGAACAGUAAUGGUCCCACUAAGCCGAUCCAAACGGCCGCUACUGGCAUGAGCAAGAAUGUAGUGGCUGUGAACGGCAACGCGAAUGGAGAUAUACCCGUCGUAGGUGGCGAAGCGAAAUCGCUCACGGCAGGUGACAAGGUGCUCCCAAGUGCGACUGGCGGAGUACUUGGAUCUGAUAUCAAAUCCGUUACCUCUGGUGGCGCUGCUCUCCCAAGCGCCACAUCUGCUGCCCUUGAUCCUAAAGGAAACAUCCUUGACAAUGGCUUGGUCGGGUCGACUGGCAUAGUGAUCACUGGCGCCACUGGCUCCUUGACUACUGGUCAGGGUUCUUUGUUGAGUUCUCAAUCGCUCACUGGAACCGUCGGAAAAUUACCCAAUACUGCCGGCAAUGUCCUCAAUGGAGCAAACAUUGAUCCCUUGUCUAAUCCAGCGUACCAAGUCAAUACGGAUGGAACAGAAUCCGACGCCAAGAAAAUUACCGAUGAUAAUAAUUCACAAGCUCAUAAAGAGGGACAUGCUCAGACCAAUAAACAUGUAAACAACUUGGCUUUCUCAGGUAAUGGUACCGAUCACAGAUUUGACGGUCACCCCGGUGAUGGUACCAAAAACAAUACAACACAACUUAUUGAUAAUACGCAAACAGUCGACAAAACAGGUCAAAAUGUUGUAGGUGUGAACACGGAUCCUCAAGGUAUAACUAGUACCAGUACCGAUCCCAAUUUCCAGCAAAAGGGAACGAGCAACACGGUGAAUUCAGCUUCGAGACCGAUUGAUCCUGUUGUAGAUCAAGCUUUACCUGCCAGUCAAAAGACGAAUGGUUCACUCGUUACGGUUGAUUCAUCCGGUGCCAAAGCAAAAGUCAUUCAAACUCCCGGUACUUCCAACAAUAUUGCUGAGACUAAUUCUAACGACAUCACCGGAUCGAAGUCUCAAGGUGACAACGUAAACCUGAAAGUGGCUCUUCCUCAGCAAGCAGGUAAAAAUGGUGGAAACAUUGUCGGUAACAAUGGAAAAGUGGGACCUAAUGAUCAAAAAGGAAACGUAGCGCAACAAGUGACCAAAGAGACGAUACUUCAAAAAGAUGUUGUGGCCACCUCGACGCGUCAUUCAAAGGGCCCUCAACACACCGCUUCUCACUUGCAGACAUCGCAUUAUGCUUCCGCAAGUUCCUCCCAUCCCUCACCUUCGAAGGCAGCGUCAUCCACCAUACGACCACAAGUGUUCGUGGAAUACACCAGUUUCUCCAGUCCUACUUCCACUAUCGCUUCUCAAUCCGCGUCGCUUACUUCCGCCACCCCUCUGGCGGAAGCCAACGUACAUUCCGGGACUAUCCAGGUCAAUCAGAAUCAUACUCCCACCUUGCUCAUAAACCUUAAAGUCACAUCAUCGGUUCCUUUGCCAUCUGCAUCAAUCGCAACAUUACAUACCACGACGAACAAAGCUCGACAAGCCAAAGUAACAUACGGUGAAAAAGGUGAACACGUAGUCGCAUGCGAUGGUAAAGUGCAUCAAGCAAAUGAUCUGAUUGAUGAAUGCAUCAAUGCCGAUCUGCUAGAUCUUAAACCCAACCAGACAGAGGCUUGCCCAGUUGACAUGCAACAUGAUAUCCACUAUGGAAUAUCGACCAACGAUCUAAGCAACACACAAGCCAAGGAUGUUCAGAAGUAUGUUAGAUUAUGCUUGGCCGCUAGUGCUGCUUAG